AAUAUCAAAAUCAAAAGAAUAUUUGAUUUCGAACGUCCCUCUCCCACAGUCCAGUUCACUGUUUCAACAUCAAAACCUUUAUCUUCUCAAAAAUAAAUCAAAGACAACCCAUCUCUACAAAACCUUAAUGGCUUUGAGAGUUCCUUUCUUGUCCUCUAUAAUCACCCCACUACCUCAAAAAUUACAUACCAGUACUUUUCCCUCCACAACCCAUUUGAGCAACAAACCCAGAACCCAAAUCUCGUGCGCCAAGAAAAAAAUCAGCGAUGCAGAGCUUGCGUCGGAUUUGGCUUUGGAGGUGGCAAAGAUAAACACCCAUUUUGUGCAAAGAGAGGAGGCCAUGAAGAAGAGCAAAGAGCUCCUGUUCACAGAGCUGUGCCAGUACCUUGCUUUGAAAGGAGAGGAGGUGAAGAUGAAGUGGAGGAAAAUGGAUGAAGAGGAAAAAUGGGUUUUGGUUAAAGGGUUUGUUUCAGAUUGGAGUAUGGAUUUUCAUCCAUUGUCUGCUAGGUCUGUGAAAGAGAUGGUUGAGGAAUACUUGCUGGAAGAGAACCCAUCUGCAAAAUCUUCUCUUUCAGUGUUAUUUCCUGGGUUGAAGAGAUUAAUGGGCUUUACACAAAACAAGUAAAGAAAAAAAGUAUUGAAGAUUGUAUGUAUUUGUGGGUAUGAAAUGAUUGUGGUUUUCAUUGGGAUUUUCCAUUCAGAAGUUGAACUUCUUUGAUAUUUUUUGAUAUGGGGCUUAAUUUUAGGUUGAAUGUUUAAGGAUUGCAUUCUUUGAGAAGUUGGGGAUGUAAGAUAGGUUUAUUAAUUUAAAACAGAUUGAGUUUAAUGGAAACAAAAUUCUGCUUGGUCUAUAUAUAA